AAAUCAGACCACAACUAUGUCUUCUAUGAAUCCGAAUGCUGAGAGUUCCGAGACCAAAGCAAAAAGCGGUACCGAUCUUUCUGCUCAUCAAGGAGGAGAUUCAUCUGUUGAUUUGCAAGAUCCGAACAAAUCUAAAACCGUAAGUUCUGAUGAUAAUAAUUUGAAUGAAACUAACAAGGAGAAUGAGGAAGAUUGUGAUGAGUGUUCGCUUAGUCGGUUUUUGAAAAAAGGUGGGUGCAAGGAUGCAUUCGAAGAAUUUGUUCAAUGUCGGGAAGUGAAAGAUGACGGCACGAGUUGUCUAGAUGCUAGAUUGAAGCUGAAUACAUGUAUGUAUGCUAACGUCGAUUACUAUGGACAGUAUCUGGCAAUGCAGAAAGCGAUGUUAACUCAGUCCUUAAAGGAGUUGGAGAAAGGGGAGGAGGCUGCGGCUGCGGCUGCUGCUGCGGCUGCGGCUGCUGCUGCGGCUGCGGUGAAGAAGAAUGAAGAAGAAGAGACUAAGGGAAAGUGAGAAGAUUAUCAGAAUGUUUUCGAUUUCAACUUUGAAUGUUUCUGAUUAUUACUUUUG